UGUUCGUAAGCAAAACUCGGAAGAGCAAUGCGAAGCAAACAACGCAACGACAACGUCAACGAGACACAACAGCAACAGUAAACAGUGAACAGUUAAGCAGUGGCAAUAGCAAUAGCACUAACGGUACAGACGGUCAAUGCGCUGGCAAAAGCAUACAGCAAUUACUAGUACGCGAUGUUAUAUCGGCGAGCAACAACGUCGCGAUGCUGUGUUGUGCGCCUUAAAGGCUGCAAGGGAAAUUCAUUUAAAGUUGAUAAAUUGAAUUAAAUUAAAACGAAAUUUAAGGAAGUCAAAAUAAAGGCGAAUUAAACGCAAGUGUGCGCAGCUGUCACUUAGUAAAUACAAAAAAAAAAAAUAAUUGUGUGUGCAUAUAAAAUAAACAAGCGUGUGCUAAAGCGUACAGUGAAAGUGUGUGCAAAUUGCUGGCAUAUCCUUGUGUUGCCUGAAAUUGUCGAUUUGGGAAUUUUCGUGUGCGCAUUUUUUUGCGGGUCUCCCCGCUACACACAUCCCUCACUGUUGACUGCUCAAGGCGAGCAGCUGUAAAACGGUUAAAUACAAGCGAAAGCUUAAGGCUGCUGGCUACCGAGUUUGUGUGUGUGCCUGUGUUUGUGUAUAGCGUCGGCAUUAGUUCACACAAUCAAUAACAACAAAAUUAUUUGAGAUUUUGCCAAGGGUGUGAACGUGAAAAUGCUAAAGCAAACAGAAAACGUGUCCGUUAAAGUGUAAAGCAAAAACAAAAGUCACAAAGCGUGUUAAGCGCUUGUAUUUUCGGUAAAGAAAUUGAAGUGCAGAUUUCAAGAAAGAAGGCAAAGAAAGUAGUAGAGAGAAGCAUAAAAGCAUAAAAUGUGAAGCAAAACCCGGAAUUAAGCAGACUUCUUCAUUUAUGUGAAGUGUUUACAAAGCGGCUUAGAAUUAUUAAAACUAGCGUAUAUACAUAUGCACAUAUAUUUAUAGACAGUUAAGUGUUAUUAAGGACAAAGCGUUGGAGUCAAUGUAUGAGUAUGCCGCUGGGUCUAUUAUGUGGAAAAAGAAAUCUCAUAAUUUGAAGUGAAAUAUUAAUGGCUGCUUGAGUGAAUAAGUCAGCUAAACAACAACAACAAUAAUAACAAAUAACGGCAACAACAACAAUAGCAAAAAAACAACAAAAAUAUUAAAUAUAAACAACAACAAAAAUAUUAAAUAUAAACAACAACAAAAAAUAUUUAUAAAAAAUACCAAAAAACAACAACAACAGAAAUAAUAACAACAAUUAAGUAAACAAAAAUUAAAAAAAAACAACAAAAAUAUUUUAGUUGGUCGACGCCGGUUUGAACGGAAGUAAACCACUUCACAUUCGCGCUUUCAUACCAGCUGGCAUACAUACAAACAUAUAUGUAUAUUUGUCUUCGCGUGUGUGUGUUUGUGCGUUUGCGGUGCGUUAAACCUCAGCGGCAGCUUCACCAGUACACUCUCGGCCAGUGAGUUUUUGUGCCAAUUUAAUUAGCAAAAGUGUGUGCUGCGGUGCGCGGUAGUGGCAGCCACUGUGGCAGAAGUUGUGGCAAAGAGCAAUAACAACAAUAAUAAGAACAAAAACAACAAUAAAAAUAACAAAAACAAAAACAACAAAUGCAAUAGCAUUUCUUUGGCGUCAAGCAUUAGAAGUAAGAGUUCAAAUCGUUGACGCUGAAGCAGCAGCAGCGGUGGCGGCAGCUGUUGCCGGUCGUUGAAAGUUGAAAGUUUUCACGUGUUUUUAACGUUGUUCGGCUCCGUGUGUGUGUCUGUGUGUGAAUAGUGCAGAAAAAGCCAAGUAAAGUGAGUAAAAUGUAACGGCAAAAAGUGGCGCGCAUAGAAAACACAACAACAACAAUGCGUUCGUGCAACAAAAACUAACAUAUACGCGGACGCAACAAAGCAAACGACGUGGAGUUGCAAUUUGGGAGCAGAAGUGAAUCGUCACCACAAACGCCUUUCAAUUAAAGCCAAGUGAAAUUAAUGUAAAUAACGGUACAAUUGAAAAGGAAGCAAAACUGAUAAUAGAUAACACUGAUGCAAGUGUUCUUUUCAAUCUCUCCUCGCACACAGUUGGCAAUUAGCCGAGUUACACUGCCGUAACAUGUUGACGUCUCCAAUGCGGCAAUGCAAGGCACAGCAACCGUGCCAAAGGGGGGAACACACGGGUGAGGUGGAUUCAAGCUUCUGUCGCUACUUUAAAAGUCUAAAAGAACACAACAAAGCUACAGAGGAUUGAGAGAAAACUUGACAGCAAUUGCAAUGCAAAUAAACGAAGGCGAACUCAAAUAAACGAGUGAAGAAAACAAAGAAAAAACAAAAUAUAAAUAUAUUUAGAAGGCCGUGAAAGCGCUUCCUGCUUUUGCAUAUUAUACUCAGUGACAACUACAUAGUGUAAAAGAAUUGCAGUGUCCUUUCUCCAUUGGCAUUGAAGACGACGCUUCACGUCGCAAAACGCUCGCGCUUCGUUCGAUUGGCACAAUGUGGGCGGCCGAUAUGGCGCUGGUGGCGCGUAGCUUCAGUUAUGAGACGCGUUGGCUGCUCUUGUUGAUUGUGAUGUGCGAUAUGACAAAUGGUGGCGUUCAAGGACCUAUGGAGAGUUACAAUUCACUGGAGGAGCAUAUGCACGCUUUGAGCACAACCCAAUAUCCCCCCACCACCGUUGGCUAUGUACAUCCGAAGUGGAUUGAGCCGUACUUUGAUCCGUCGACGCCGCGCAAUGUCACCGCAUUAAUGGGCAAAUCGGCGUAUUUGAGUUGCCGCGUACGCAAUUUGGGCAACAAAACGGUUUCGUGGAUACGGCAUCGUGACAUACACAUACUCACAGUGGGCGCAUACACGUACACCUCGGAUCAGCGUUUCCAGGCGACACAUCAUCAGGACACCGAUGACUGGACGUUGCAAAUAAAAUGGGCGCAAAAACGUGAUGCUGGCAUGUACGAGUGUCAAAUAUCCACGCAGCCGGUACGCAGCUAUUUCGUGCGACUCAACGUUGUGGUGCCAACAGCGACGAUCCUUGGCGGACCCGACCUUCAUGUCGACAAAGGCAGCACCAUAAAUCUUACAUGCACAGUGAAAUUCAGCCCAGAGCCGCCGGCCUACAUAUUCUGGUAUCAUCACGAGGAGGUCAUCAAUUAUGAUUCGUCACGUGGCGGCGUUUCGGUAAUUACCGAAAAGGGCGAUGUUACUACGUCAUUUCUGCUCAUACAAAAUGCCGACUUGGCCGAUUCGGGGAAAUAUUCGUGUGCGCCAUCGAAUGCAGAUGUGGCCAGCGUACGCGUACAUGUACUAAACGGUGAACAUCCGGAGGCGAUGCAAACCGGCUCAUCCGGCUGUCAGUUUAGUUGGCUAACAAUUUUCCUGCUCGUCGCCGUUGUGCUCGGCUAUCAGCAGCAAAAUUUCGUACUCACUGCAGUGUGUCUAGUCGGCGCAACAACAACAACAACAACAACUGUAGCAACAACAUCGUCAAAUGUAAGCGAUCAUAUUGUUGCAGCGCACAUAAGACCAACAGCAAGAACAACAACACCAACAAAAGCAAAAAGCACAGUUAAGCGUCAAUUGCUGCAGACAAAGCAAACAAUGGCUGAUGCAACUGCAACAGCAACAACAAAAACAACAACACUAGCGGUGCAUAAUAGCGAAAUUGCUGUUAAAACAACAACUGUGGAAGACAUAUAUGUUACACUUGCUACUGCAACACAAAAACAAGCAAUGUUAGGCCAACAACAACAACAACAAAGCGGCGACGUUAUGAAUGUCGUAACAGCAACCAACACAGCAACAAGUUCAAGUGUGUCCGUAAGAGGCUCAACUGCUGCCCUUACAGCGCCAAAAGCAACGACAAAUGCAACAAAAACGACAACAACAACAAAAUUUUACUGCAAUACAACGUAUAUGCCCACCGGCUCAAACGCCAACAAUCACAUAGCCGCCGGCACCCAAUUCCAGCUGGCACAAGCAGAUAGCAGAGGCGGCAGUCGCCUCCUUGCCACCACCUGCGGCGGCACCAGUGUGAGCAGCAUUAAACCCAAAAUCGACUGCAAUAAUAUGAUAAACAAAAGUGGGUCCAAAAGCAGCAAUAUUAAGCUCGCUCAUUUUGGCAACUACAACUACAACAGCAAUAACAACAACAACAAAUACAGUGGGUAUACUUCACUAGCGACUUUAGGCAGCAAACGCUCAGAAAGUUAUGUGACAAGUGAAAGCUGCAGUGACAGCGAUCUUUACAGUAACAACAACAACAAUAACAACCAUGAAACGACGUGUCACUCCAACAGCUACGACGACGUCAGAUGAUGCGUUUGCCUUGUUGGGCAGCGGCCAGCGCAUUGAUAACGGUACGCACUCGUAAUGUUAAAUGGAAAAUUCUCAUUUCAAUGGCAAAAUUCAUUCGGUUCGAAAAAGCAAUGGCCGUGCCAAAUUGCUUGGCAUAUAAUAUGCACGCGCAUCGCUCAAACACAUAGCCAAUGGGCUAUUAACGUAAGAGCGCAUGCAUACGUAAGUAUGUGUGUGUGAGUUGAUGGCAGCCUGCAACUAUUUUAUCUGCAAGUACUUAAGCGCAGGCCAUAAGUGAUGCGCAGCGGUGCCAUUCACAAUGAAGCUUUCCAUUUUUCGGUGAUGGCGAUUUUUAAACAGACAAAUUUGCGUUGAUUUCAUGGAAGAGAAUUUAAAAUAAAAAAAAAUUAAAAAUUAAAAAAAUAAAUAAAUUUAAAUAUAAAAUUGAAAAAUAAAUAUAAAUAAAAAAUAACAAAAAAUAAACUAAAACUUUUCGUACCAAAUUGAAGCGAUUGCUGACAUGUGACAUACAGACACACAUUUGAUACGCAUGCACAUGCGUACUGUUAGUCAAUAAAAUCCUUGAACUGUAAGUGAAAAAAUUAAUAUAAUUAUUCAUUUAAUUAAAUUUAGUGUAUAAAUUAGCAGAGUGUUUGUUAGAGUAAAUUAAAUGAAAUAGUUAAGCAAUUACUAAUAGUCUAACUAAUAUUAGAAGCGUGGAAAAGCGUAGUGUGGCGUCAUUAUUUUAUAAAAAAAAAUAUUAUAAUUUUAUUAAUGAGAUUUAAUUAAUUUGCUUUAAUUAAUUCGAAAUUAUUUUUAUGCUAGAAAUACAUUCCAUAAUUUUUAG